AUGGCGGCAGAGCCCGGGCGCUCGUGGACUCAGGCUCGCACUGUGUACGGCGCUAAAGAGGCGCUGAGGCGAGGCGUAGGCCGCCGGCAAGACCCCAGCGCGCAGCCCAACGGGCCGGUCCCCGAAGAUAUCCGCGCUCCGGGCCGCCUGGCUCGCCUGCGUGGCCAGCUGCGGGCCGAGGCGGCGGGGCGAGCCGAGGCGCCGCGGCUGCUGCGGUUGGUGGAACGCGCGGGGGCGCGAGCCGGGGCGGCAGGGACCAGCGAGAGGAGCGAGGCGCGCAGCGGAGGCUCGGUGUGCUCGGUGUGCGGGGAGCCGCGCGGCGGCGCCACCUAUCCCGCUGGUGUCCUGGAGGUGAGCGAGCGGCGGCUGCAGGAGGGGCUGGCGGCCGUGCGUGCGGAGCUGGGUGCGGGGCUCGAGGCGCUGCGCGCGGAGCUGCGGACCGAGCUAGACGCUCUGCGAGCUCUGCUGCCGCCGCCGCCACCGCCGCCCGCUCGCCGCGAGCCCCGCGGUCCCGCCCUGCUGCGGGCCCUCGGCACCGUGAACUCGUUGGUUUCAGCCUCGAGGGCCACGGAGAACGGUCCGGACGCCCCAGCCGACGGCCUGGCAAACCGAGCCGUGGCCCGGAAGAACCACAAGAAAACCCCAGUGCCUCCAACGGCUGCACAAGGCGGAGGAGAUUGA